ACCCGGCAGCCACGGUGUGGGGCGCGCAGGCUACGCCGCCCGCUGCCGCUGUCACUAUGGCCCAUUACAAAGCCGCCGACUCGAAGAGGGAGCAGUUCCGGAGGUACCUAGAGAAGUCAGGAGUACUGGACACGCUCACCAAAGUGUUGGUAGCCUUGUAUGAAGAACCAGAAAAACCAAAUAGUGCAUUGGAUUUUCUAAAGCAUCAUUUAGGAGCUUCAACUCCAGAAAAUCCAGAAAUAGAGUUGCUUCGCGUAGAACUGGCAGAGACGAAAGAGAAAUAUGAAGCUGUAGUAGAAGAAAACAAAAAACUGAAAGCAAAGCUUGCUCAGUAUGAACCACCUCAGGAGGAGAAGCGUGCUGAAUAAGAUUCUUCUCAGUUGAACAGGCACUGAAAACUGGCUUUGUACAAUUUGCAUAGUUUGUAUAGUAUAUAAUCAGUCUUUUAUGGACAGAUACUAUAGAACUCUUCUUAUAUGUUAAAUUCACUUAUCACAUUUAAUUGUUACAAAAACACUUAGAAUCACUAAUAAAUAAACUUAAUAUAAUUUUCUUUGGCUCAUAAAGCAGGAAAAUCAAAAGUAAAUCCUGUGGAAUUCUAAACACAGCCAUCCAAAUUGUUUUCAUUACCUUACAAUGUAAGUUAUCUGUCGUUUUCUUAGAUUAAAAAUGACUGUACUGUUACAUUUUAACCAAGCAAAAAUUAGCUUGGUGCUGCCUCGAUUUGAUUGCAGGAUGGAAGCCCAGCUAGGCCCAUGCUUUGUAAAGCUGACAACGUUGUAGUUGUGAGGGUCUCCUAGGAGCCUGGCCUGUAGUUGAGGCAGCCACAGCCAUGCACAUGUUUCCCUGGAGCUCCUGUGGGCUCUUUGUCAAGAUGCUGUGCUGUGGAUGCCAUCUCAGCUUUCUUUGUCUUGCUGGCCCUUGCUCCAUUUUGCUGUUGUGAUUGUGCUCUGGCUGCUGGCUCUUGUGGUGCUUUGUAGUUGGCUUCCCUACGUUCUUCUUGCACCUUGGCCUUUGCAUAUUUGUUUUGCAGCUUGCUAUACAACAGCAUUUCCUGAGCCAAAGUUCAUGGAACUUUAAACAGAGCCAGACCUGCUGCUACUGCUGCACUGUGUAGCCUUGAGCAAGUCACUUCCUCUCAUCAGGUCUCAGUUUUGGGAAACUGAGGGGCUUGCUCUCAGUGGUCUCCAAGGUACCUUCUAGUUCUGACGUUCUGUGAUUCUUGUGCCCGUUUUUUCCCCCUUUAAAUUUGCUUAUUUAUGUUUAGCACUGAUCAAUGGCAGUUUUGAAAGGAGACUGUCCUAGAAUCCUGGUACCUGUACUGUAGUACCUGGUCAUUUGUAGAGUGUAUUUCACCCCUGAAGUAUUUACUCCUUUAACCUUUCAUCUCAUCUUUAAUAAUCCUAUGAAGUAGGAAGGGUUGAGGGAAGAAACUUUUUACCUUCUCCCAAAGGCCUCUCUAAGCCUAGCUCUAAACCCACAGAGUACUUGUGUGAUCUCAUUUGGGGUCACUUCCCUUCUUGGGCCCUCAUUUAUCAUCUACAAAAUGAAGGGGCCAGACUAGAUGACCUGAGCUACCUUCUAGUUCUAAAUCCCAUUGCUUAUAUUUUACUUUCCGAAUUGUGCCCUUGUCAAUGGUAGUGUCUUCUAAUAACUACUGGGAGUGUGAAAGGGUCUCUUCUAUUAAGUUAAGACUGGUUUGGUUAGUAAUAACACAUUACAACCUCUGCUGAAAGCCAUUCCAACUUGAUGGUACUAAAUCUAGUUAAUCCAAUGUGCCUUGCUGGUCCCACUCUUUACAUCUGUGGAGGUGGUUUAAAUGCAAUACUGUCAAUUCAACUUUUUUUAUGAAGCAUCUACUAAGGGUAAGGUGCUGUGGAAUACACAAAAAUGAAUUCAAUCUAGUAGGGAGAGAUAAGCUACCACUAACUACAUUACCAGAACCUGUAUAAAGUGCCACAAGAGAAGGAAAAUGAGGUAUUAAAUUCAGUUGGAGACAUCACUUUCUCACCUUUAGGGGAAAAGUGGGAGGGUGAGAUUAGAGUAAGCAAAUCACUUGCAUUUAACUAGUUUAAGGAAAUGGUAUAAAACUCCUCCUUGGAUGGAUUUGGAUAGGCCACUGCCAUUUCCUUUUGUGAAGGGGUUAGUUACUAGGAUAGCAGAUGUAGGGUAUAAUCUUGGACAAAGUUUCAUGAAUGCAUAGCUUGAGGAUCCACAAAUUUCCUCAGUAAGGAUGCCCCCUCCACCAACACAGAUUUCUGCUUUUCUAUAAUAUUAGUUAGCCUCUGAGAAUUGCUGUGGCUGAAAAAUCUGAUAUUCUGUGACCUUGAUCUUGAAAUGUAGAUAGAUUGGUCUUCACAUGAGAUUACAGUCUGUCACUGGGUUCCUACUUUAAGAACCCAGGGUCACCAUCAGCAUUUACUCUACAUUUGUGUUAUGAUAUGGUAAAAUGUGGGUUGGAUGGGUGAUUAUGUAGCUAAUUAAAGCUGGUUGAACUUUA